CAUUUGCUAUAAACAAAGAGGGUAAAAGGAUGGUUUUUGCCUCUCUUUUAUUUUCAUUUCGAUUCCAUGACUGCUUUUUUUCCUCUUUUUUUUCUACAACGCCUAGUGCAAGUUUACAUUGACUAGAAUUGGUGCUAAAAAGUCAAGAAUUCAACCUCAAAUUAACCUACCUGCAUUUUUGUCCUCCUUCAAGACUUGAACGUUUGUAUUGUUUUUUUUUUAUUUUAUGGUGGUCAAAUUAAUUUAGUUUCUACGAACAUCCUCAGUUGUCUUAAUUAAAAUAAAGCACCUGAGGAUUUAAUCCGUUGAUAAUAUAUAUUUUCUUUCACUACUUGUUUAAUUCUAAACCAAGUCUGUGGUCGCUGUUUUCGAACAAGUCUAAGCUUACUACAGAACUGGUGUUGUAUUUAAGGCGUGUGGUGACCCGACUCUCCAUUCACCUCUUCACUUCUAUCACUGUCUCUUUAUCUUUCCUUCUCUAGCUUGCAUCCAUUGCCUCAAGAGGGCGGGGGAGAGAAAGAGCAAAAGGAUGUGGGCAAUUGGAUUGGUUGUUGUAGCAUUGGUUGUGGUAUACUAUAGUCAUUUGAUUAGCAAAUGGAAGAAUCCUAAAAUUGAUGGGGUUCUCCCUCUAGGCUCCAUGGGCUGGCCCCUCAUCGGAGAAACUCUGCAGUUCAUUAUUCCUGGAAGAUCUCUAGACCUCCAUCCAUUCGUCAAGAAAAGGAUGCAAAAGUAUGGACCGAUCUUUAAAACCAGCUUAGUUGGUAGGCCUAUCAUUGUGUCCACUGACUAUGAAAUGAACAAGUACAUCUUGCAACAUGAAGGAACUCUGGUUGAGCUAUGGUAUUUGGAUUCAUUUGCCAAGUUUUUCGCUCUUGAGGGUGAAACGAGGGUGAACGCCAUCGGCAAAGUUCACCGAUACUUGAGAAGCAUAACUUUGAACCACUUUGGCGUUGAGAGCCUGAAGGAAUUAUUGCUUCCUAAAAUAGAAGACAUGCUGCACACCAACUUAGCAAAGUGGGCUACUCAAGGACCUGUUGACGUCAAACAAGUUAUUUCAGUUAUGGUUUUCAAUUUUACUGCGAACAAAAUAUUUGGUUAUGAUGCUGAAAACUCGAGAGAGAAGCUAAGUGAGAAUUACACAAGGAUCUUGAACAGUUUCAUCUCCUUGCCCUUGAAUAUCCCUGGCACUUCCUUCCACCAGUGCAUGCAGGACCGAGAGAAGAUGUUGAAAAUGUUGAAGAAUACACUGAUGGAGAGACUCAACGAUCCAUCAAAGCGUCGGGGAGAUUUUCUUGAUCAAGCCAUUGAUGAUAUGGAGACAGAGAAGUUCUUGACAGUGGAUUUCAUCCCCCAACUCAUGUUCGGGAUCUUAUUUGCCAGCUUUGAAUCUAUGUCAACCACUCUAACUCUAACAUUCAAGUUUCUUUCAGAGAACCCCCGAGUAGUUGAGGAAUUAGCAGCUGAGCACGACGCAAUUGUGAAGAACAGAGAAAAUCCAAACUCCCGCCUCACUUGGGAAGAGUACAGAUCGAUGACUUUUACCCAAAUGGUCGUCAAUGAAACACUUAGAAUUUCCAACAUCCCACCUGGUCUGUUCCGAAAGGCAUUGAAAGAUUUCCAGGUCAAAGGAUACACUGUUCCAGCUGGUUGGACAGUAAUGAUUGUUACUCCUGCUAUUCAAUUAAAUCCUGAGACAUUCAAGGAUCCAGUUACAUUCAACCCAUGGCGGUGGAAGGAACUUGACCAAGUUACCAUUUCCAAAAACUUCAUGCCAUUCGGUGGCGGCACAAGGCAAUGCGCCGGGGCGGAGUACAGCAAGCUGGUCUUGUCGACUUUUCUUCAUAUCUUGGUCACCAAAUACAGGUUUACCAAGGUCAGGGGAGGAGACGUAUCUCGCACUCCUAUCAUUUCAUUUGGCGAUGGCAUCCAGAUUAAGUUUACAGCCAAGAACUGAAGUAGUUUUUUUCCCUUACCUCUGGAAGUGCAUGUUCUUAAUCAACUUUUCUUAUGCACUUGUUUAUAAGCAAAUAGAAAAUAAUAAUGAUCCUUCCUCGUCAAUGAAAGAGUCUCAAACCUCACACCGUGAAGAGGACGAAGUUAACCUUUUUAUGUAGAAUAUUACAUGUGUUAAAUAAUAUUUAUGUAAUCUUAUUUAUUAAGGGUAGAAUAGUACUUUCAGUUUGACCUAUAUAUACUUUAUUUGUAUUUAGGUUAACAUUAAGCAUUCAUAAUAUACCGAUUAUUCAGAAUUCUAGCCUCCUUUCUCUAUUUGAUCUUAAUUAAUUUAACAUGGUAUCAGAGCUGGUUUUAUGAAACGAGGCUUAAUCCCAAGCACAAGUUCGCGGAUCCAACUAUUUUGGUAAUUUUUUUAGAGUGAUAUUUUGUCUUCCGCUUCUGCAAAAUUUGGUAUUUUGUCAGUUUCUGCAAUUAUUUUGGUAUUUCGUCUACCCUUCAGCUUUUGCAAUUUGGUAUUUGCAUUCAGUUUCUGCAAAUUGGUUUUGUGUUUUGGAGUAAUCGUAUAAUUUUGAGAAGAUAUUUGUUUAGUUUCUGCAAUCUCUGUUCAGUUUCUGCAAUUUGGUAUUUUGUUUUCCGCUGCUUUUGCAUUCUGGUUCUCUGUGAUUGUUAAUUAUGGCUACUGAAAGAGAUGAUUCGCUUCAGUCUGUGAGUGUGAGGUUGGAUGGGAAGAACUAUUCGUAUUGGAGCUAUGUAAUGCGAAAUUUUCUUAAGGGUAAGAAGAUGUGGGGGUAUGUUAGUGGAACUUAUAUAGUACCUAAGAAUAUUGAGGAAGGGGAUGCUGUUUUGAUAGAUACAUGGGAAGCAAAUAAUGCAAAGAUCAUUACUUGGAUCAACAAUUCUAUUGAGCAUUCGAUAGGUACACAGUUGGCGAAGUAUGAGACAACAAAAGAGGUUUGGGGUCAUCUGCAAAGGUUAUUCACGCAAUCAAAUUUUGCAAAACAAUAUCAAUUAGAGAAUGACAUACGAGCUCUUCAUCAGAAGAAUAUGAGUAUUCAAGAGUUUUAUUCUGCUAUGACAGAUCUUUGGGAUCAAUUGGCUCUUACAGAAUCAGCAGAAUUAAAGGCAUGUGGUGCCUAUAUUGAGCGUAGAGAGCAGCAACGAUUGGUACAGUUUUUAACAGCGCUUCGCAGUGACUUCGAAGGACUUAGAGGUUCAAUUCUGCAUCGUACUCCACUGCUUUCUGUUGACUCUGUUGUCAGUGAGUUAUUGGCUGAAGAAAUACGUCUUCAGUCUUAUUCUGAAAAGGGAAUUCUUUCUGCUUCAAAUCCUUCUGUACUAGCAGUACCUUCUAAGUCAUUCUCUAAUCAUCAGAACAAGCCUUACACAAGGGUUGGCUUUGAUGAGUGCAGUUUCUGUAAGCAGAAAGAUCAUUGGAAGGCUCAGUGUCCUAAGUUGAGACAGCAGAAUCAAGCUUGGAAGUCUAGCAGUCAGUCACAAUCUAAUGCUCAUCGACCACCUCAGGGUUAUAAACCACCACACCACAAUACUGCAGCAGUAGCUUCCCCAGGCUCUAUUACCGAUCCUAAUACUUUGGCUGAGCAAUUUCAGAAGUUUCUCUCCUUGCAGCCACAAGCAAUGUCCGUUUCUUCCAUAGGUCAGUUGCCUCAUAAUUCCUCAGGUAUGUCACACUCUGAAUGGGUCUUGGAUUCUGGUGCUUCCCAUCACAUGUCUCCAGAUUCCUCAUCUUUUACCUCAGUGUCCCCUUUGUCCUCCAUUCCUGUUAUGACUGCUGAUGGCACUCCCAUGCCCUUAGCAGGUGUUGGUUCUGUUGUCACACCUCACUUGUCUCUCCCUAAUGUUUAUCUUAUUCCAAAACUCAAAUUGAAUCUUGUGUCUGUUGGUCAAAUAUGUGAUUCUGGUGAUUAUUUAGUCAUGUUUUCUGGUUCUUUUUGUUGUGUACAGGAUCUGCAGUCUCAGAAGCUGAUUGGGACCGGCCGUAGGGAGAAUGGACUAUAUAUUUUGGAUGAGUUAAAAGUGCCAGUUGCUGCUGCUGCCGCCGCUGCUGCUACUGCUGAUUUGUCUUCUUUUCGUUUGAGUCUUUCAUCUUCUAGUUUUUAUUUAUAGCAUUCCCGUCUAGGUCAUGUUUCAUCUUCUAGUUUUUAUUUAUAGCAUUCCCGUCUAGGUCAUGUUUCAUCUUCUCGUUUGAGAUUUUUGGCAUCCACAGGAGCUUUAGGAAAUUUGAAAACUUGUGACAUUUCUGAUUGUAGUGGAUGUAAACUGGCAAAUUUUCUGCUUUACCUUUUAAUCGAAGUAUUUCUGUUUCAUCUUCACCA